GCGAGAGCGGCAGGGCCGUUUCCCGGGCGACGCGGGGCGGGGCGGGCGCCGCCAUAAUGGCGGCGGCGGCGGCGGGUGCGGGUCCGCGGCGGGGGCGGCUGGGCCGGGAGGCCCGCGCCAGCCUGGCCGCCUUCCUGCUGGGCGCCUCGGUGGCGGCGCUGCCGGUGGCGCUGGGCUCCCCUUCCGCCCUGCUGGCUGCCCCCGGUCUGCGCGGCCGCCUGGCACUCGCCCUGCACGUGGCGGGGGUCAACGCGGCGCUGCUGCUGCUCUACCCGCGGCCGCUGUACAAGAUCGCCGUCCGGGCCUGCUUCCUGGGCUUCGCCUUCGGCUGCGGGCUGCUGCUCAGCGCCGGCCGCUCCGCCUGGCGCCACUUCGGAUGGUACAUGUGCUCCCUCUCCCUCUUCCACUACUCGGAGUACCUGGUGACGGCCAUCAACAACCCACGCAGCCUUUCGCUGGACUCCUUCCUUCUCAACCACAGCUUCGAGUACAACCUGGCCGCCCUCUCCUCCUGGGUGGAGUUCACGCUGGAGAAGCUCCUCUUUCCAGAGCUGAAGCAGAUCACCUGGCUGAGUACUGUAGGGUUGUUGAUGGUGAUCUUUGGGGAUUGUCUGAGGAAAGCGGCCAUGCUCACAGCUGGCUCCAACUUCAACCAUAUUGUUCAGAAUGAGAAAUCGGAUACUCAUACUUUGGUGACAAGUGGGGUGUAUGGGUGGUUCCGGCACCCGUCUUACGUGGGAUGGUUUUACUGGAGUAUUGGAACACAGGUGUUGCUCUGCAAUCCCAUCUGCGUGGUGGGAUAUGCACUGGCAUCCUGGCGCUUCUUCAGGGAGCGGAUUGAGGAGGAGGAGAUCACGCUUAUUCACUUCUUCGGAGAAGAGUAUCUGGAGUACAAAAGGAAGGUGCCAUCGGGUCUCCCUUUUAUUAAAGGAGUCAAAGUGGAACUGUAAUGCAGGUGAAAACUGGACUGGCUGAGCGAACGCCCAGCUCCAGGCGCCGCGGGGCGAGGGACGGUGCUGGGAGUAGCCUGUUGGUAUUUCCCGGCCGCCCAGGAGGAGCUGGCGAAGGGCUGUGGAGCUGGGUGGCCUGCUGGGUCUCUAGCAGAUCAGAAGCUCGUUCAUCCUCCUCGAGAUAGGUCCUUCGUUGCACAUUCAGGGAUCUUCCAGAUAACUUAGCCUGUAGCGACCCUAAAGAGAAUCGAACCCUCCUGCCUGCAGCAGCUGAUUUGUGCUGAAACGCCUCUGGACCGAUUCUUCCGGAGAACAGCUCUGCCCUCCCACCCCUGUGCAGGAAAGGCACCAGCCAGCGGAUUGUUUCUAUGGCCUAAUUCGAUUUUAAAGCUCUUUGACCUUGUGGAGCCAGGCAGCGCGGCUUUAAUCCCUUUAGGCCCGAUUCUGCAAGCUGGUGCUUGGCUGGCUCGCCGGAGCAGUCCUCCAGCUCUCUUCAGGUGCCCAGGCUGCCUGCCCUCUGCUUGCCGGAGAGCCGGCAGUGCGGCAUCGGUCGGUUCUCCCCGGGCGUUAACAUUUUCAGGGAGCCUUUUAUGCUCGCCUCACGUGAGCCCGCUCCCUCAUCCCUUGGCUGCUGCCACGAAUUUGGGAGUCACCGUUUCAGCUGCCGCCUUCCUGAGCCUCCCUGCCACCACCUCUGUUCCCUCUUCCUGCUUCCGAAUCACGCUGCUUCCUAUCCUGCCAGGCUGCCUCCGUCCUACAGAGAUCCCAGGAUUUUUGGUUGGGAAAGAACCGCAGCUGCCGGGCUUGCUGAGGGCUUUAGCACUUGAGAUCCGUGCCUGUUUUCUUGGGCAAAACCUGGGGUGUCGGUGCGACUAGGAGAUGCUUCUAGGGAGAUUCUCCAAACAGGAAGAAAGUUUGGCUAGCUAAUGCUAUUUUAAACGUUACCAUUUUGGAAAUGGUUCCUACUCAAGCGUUGUGGUAUAACUUAUUCUGUCGUUACAUACCAAAGAGGUUCACUGUUUUCUUGAGUUUUACAUUGUUCUUCCUAGCUGGAAUGGAAACGAGUUGCUUGUCAGUUCAUGCUUCAGGCUUGCGGUGUUCCUUGGUGAAGGUGCUGUGGUACGGCUCAGGAAAGGGGGCACUGAUGGAAAUGGCUUUGGUUUUGGGUUUGGAUUUUUUUA